AUGGCCCGGCGGCGACGCCGCGCCUGCAUCGCCCUCUUCCUGGUGCUGCUCUUCGCCUUCGGCACGCUCAUGGGGCUGCGCACGCUCAAGGCCCCGGAUGGGCUGCCCGCACUGGGCCCGGGCCCGGAGCUAGCGCCCUUCGAGCGGCGUCCGGAAGGGAAUCCCGCGCCCGCCCGCGCCCCGGCCGCCCCCGCCGCCCCUCCGCCGCCGCCGCCUCCGCGCACAGCCGCCCCACGCGCCUCGCUGGGCCCAGCCGAGGCCGAUCCCGCGCCCCGGCAGAACCUGCGCGUCUACUCCGACCUGCAUGCCUUCUAUUACUCGUGGUACGGGAGUCCGCGGCGCGAGGGCCACUACAUUCACUGGGACCAUGUCAUGGUGCCGCACUGGGACCCCAAGAUCUCGGCCAGCUACCCGCGUGGCCGCCACAGCCCUCCAGACGACUUGGGCUCCAGCUUCUACCCGGAGCUGGGGCCCUACAGCUCACGGGACCCCGAUGUGCUACGAGAGCACAUGACCCAGCUCAAAGAAGCCGCCAUCGGAGUCUUGGUUCUUUCCUGGUACCCACCUGGCAUGGCUGAUGAUAACGGGGAACCCUCAGAUGAUCUGGUCCCUGCCAUUCUGGACACUGCUCAUCAGUACAACAUCCAGGUGGCCUUCCAUAUCCAACCUUACAAGGGCCGGGAUGACAUCACUGUCCAUGACAACAUCAAGUACAUCAUUGACACGUAUGGCUCCCAUGGUGCAUUUUACCGUUAUAAGAACAGCAUGGGCAAGAGCCUCCCACUCUUUUAUGUCUACGACUCAUACCUGACAUCCCCUGAGGCCUGGGCCCACCUCCUGACACAAAACGGGCCCCACUCGAUCCGGAACACUCCCUACGACGGGGUCUUUAUAGCGCUGCUGGUGGAGGAGGGCCACACCCAUGAUAUCCUUGCAGCAGGAUUCGAUGGAAUGUACACCUACUUUGCCUCCAAUGGCUUCUCCUUUGGCUCCUCCCAUCAGAACUGGAAAGCUGUGAAGAACUUCUGUGAUACCAACAACCUGAUGUUCAUCCCUAGCGUGGGGCCUGGGUACAUUGACACCAGCAUCCGGCCCUGGAACAACCACAAUACUCGGAACAGGGUCAACGGCAAGUACUACGAGACAGCCCUGCAGGCGGCCCUGACUGUGAGGCCUGAGAUCGUCUCCAUCACCUCUUUCAAUGAGUGGCACGAGGGCACGCAGAUCGAGAAGGCUGUUCCCAAGAAGACGCCAACUCGCCUCUAUUUGGACUACCUGCCUCACCAGCCCGGCCUGUAUUUAGAGCUGACCCGCCGCUGGGCAGAGCACUUCGUCAAGGAAAAGGAGCAGUGGCUGAUGUGAGGGGCAGUACUCAAACCUCAUUAGGUCACCAAGCUGGUUCAGCUGAGGCUAUAGGCACACACUAGUCCCAAGUAGCAAUGGGUGCUUGUGGGUGGGCCAGCUCACUCAUGUAGAACAGAGCCUGGCCCUUGGACUGGUGGUGCUGGGGUGAUGAAGCAAGGCCUGAUGGAGGAGUCUGGCAGGAGGCUGCACACGGCUCAGGGCAGCUCCACAUCCUUUAGCUUGCAGCUGCGGCAGGCUACGUAGUGGAGUUGCCAGCCACUGUGCUUAAAAGGGUCUCAGGGUUCUGAGCUAGCAUGCACCUUACUUCCUUUGGACAGCCUACAAGUCCUCAGGCACCUUCCCACGUCUUCUUGCUGAAUACAGGGAACCGUAUUUGGCACUUCUAAAAGGGGACUUUGUUUCGGUCCUUCCAGGAGAUUCCUGUGCCCAUUAUCAGGAAACCCUGCGCAUCCACACUCAUUACUAAGCACCUUACUUACUGUCAGGUUCUGGGGAAUCUGAUCCAGGCUCCCUUCCUGAAGCUUACAGGACCUUGCUUUUGGUGUAGCCAUGUA